CUGUUCCGAAUCUAUCCUACACUAUCGCUACGUGUGGUGUGUGUAUGAACUAGUAACAGCGGCUUUGAUGUGUGUUAUGUUAGACGAGAAGUCCUUGAUCUCUGCUGUAUAUUUAAUUGUAUCUUUCUUAAAUAUCUCAAGUCAUUAUUAAGAUUUCAGCAAAAUGGCUCGCAGGUACGAUACACGUACAACAAUCUUCUCUCCAGAAGGCAGAUUGUAUCAAGUGGAAUAUGCUAUGGAAGCUAUAAGUCAUGCUGGCACUUGUCUUGGUAUUUUGGCUAAUGAUGGCAUACUCUUAGCUGCGGAACGCAGAAAUACCAAUAAACUUCUGGAUGAGGUUUUCUUUUCGGAGAAGAUUUACAAGCUGAAUGAUGAUGUUGUGUGCUCUGUUGCUGGUAUCACUUCGGAUGCUAAUGUUCUGACGAACGAGCUACGUCUUAUUGGACAAAGAUAUCUAUUACAAUAUGGAGAAACUAUACCUUGUGAACAACUUGUAUCUUGGCUCUGUGAUGUAAAACAAGCGUAUACUCAGUAUGGUGGAAAGAGACCUUUUGGUGUUUCCAUCCUCUACAUGGGCUGGGAUCGUCAUUAUGGGUAUCAGCUGUAUCAGUCUGAUCCUAGUGGCAAUUAUGGUGGUUGGAAGGCUACCUGCAUUGGUAAUAAUUCAGCUGCUGCUGUGUCUUCUUUGAAGCAAGAGUAUAAGGAAGGUGAAACUACUUUGAAGGAUGCCAUGGCACUUGCUAUUAAAGUCCUGUCCAAAACUUUAGAUAUGAAUAAGCUUUCGGCUGAUAAGGUUGAAAUGGCUAGAUUAACAAGAGAAAAUGGUAAGACCAAGACACGAAUAUUGCCAGCUAGUGAAGUUCAGGCUCUGAUUGCAGAGUACGAUCGUUUGGAAGCUCUGGCAGAACAAGCAAAAAAAGAGAAACAGAAACUAUAGGCUAGCAAAGGAAACUAACCUAAUUUUUACUUUGUAUGGUUAUGUCAACAGAAAGACUAUUGACUGCACGAUAAAAUAAUAAAAUAAUAAGACUUUUUCUUUAUGUUUUAGAAAA